CAUCUUUCUACACAGACUUUAUUCCUCCUUGGACCGUGGUGCAUGUCGCACACUGUGUUUGCCGAUAGACUGUAGCUAAUUUAGUUGAUAAUUUAUUAUUUAGUUAAUUUUUGUUCGUUUGAAUUUCGAUUUCGUGCAGGUGCAUAAGUUUCUGGAAAAAUGUCAGCAUUGACAAAAGGUGUAUUCAUCGUCGCCGCUAAGCGUACAGCUUUCGGUACAUUUGGAGGAGCAUACAAGAACACCAAUGCAACACAGCUACAGACUGUGGCUGCAAAAGCGGCCAUUGAUGCCGCCGGUCUAAAGCCGGAUCAGAUUGAUUCAGUGAACAUCGGCCACGUACUGGUGCUGUCGUCAACGGAUGGCGCUUUCUUGCCACGACAUGUGUCGCUGCACUGUGGCAUCCCCAUCGAUCGGCCAGCCCUCGGUGUCAACCGGCUUUGUGGAUCGGGCUUCCAGUCGAUUGUUAAUGGAGCUCAGGAUAUUUUGCUGGGAGCCGCGAAGGUUUCGUUGACCGGUGGCGUCGAUAACAUGAGCCAGACGCCGUUUACCGUUCGUGGGACUCGAUUUGGCACUCCGCUUGGAGUCAGCCCAGCUCUGGAGGAUUCUUUGUGGACUGGAUUGAGCGAUUCGUUUUGCAAGCUCCCGAUGGCGUUGACGGCGGAAAACCUAGCCGAAAAGUACAAGAUUCCCCGUGAAAAAGUCGACGAGUUCGCGUACCGUUCCCAGCAGCUGUGGAAGAAAGCCAACGAUGCAGGAGUCUUCAAAACGGAAAUCACCCCAGUCAAGUUGAAGGUGAAGGGAAAGGAGGUUGACUUUGCCGUCGAUGAGCACCCACGCCCCCAGACCAGUCUGGAGGGGUUGAACAAGCUUCCCUCUUUGUUUAAGAAAAACGGCGCCGUAACCGCUGGAACCGCAUCGGGCAUCUGCGAUGGCGCUGCUGCAGUCAUUUUGGCCUCCGAGGAAGCUGUGAAGGAAUACAAUUUGACUCCAUUGGCUCGUUUGGUUGCGUAUAGCACAGUGGGUGUUCCUCCGGAGAUCAUGGGUAUUGGGCCAGUUCCGGCAAUCCAGAAUGUGCUGAAAAUAUCCGGCGUCAAGCAGGACGACGUAGAUCUGUUCGAAAUCAAUGAGGCAUUCGGCGUACAAGUGAUGUCGUGUGUUCAGGAGCUAGGAAUUGAUAUUAACAAAUUCAACCUGAACGGUGGAGCUAUUGCUCUGGGCCAUCCUCUUGGAGCAUCGGGAUCUAGAAUUACUGGGCAUUUGGUACAUGAACUUAAACGUAAGAACUUGAAGCGUGCAGUUGGUUCCGCGUGUAUCGGUGGCGGACAAGGUAUCGCUUUGCUUGUCGAAUCUGUUUAGGCCAACUUAAGAUUACCUCAUAAAGUUCUGCAUUUCAUAGGCCGAAUACGAAAUUAUUGCAACACGGUAACCCCUUUUUGUUGGGCAGACUUGUUUCAUGCACUGAAUCGGUUAUGAUGCGUGUUGUUAAGAUUCUCGGAUUUUGUUUUGUUUUAAGCUGUGUUUAAGAGAGUGAGGCACGAGGAAUUUACAAAUUCGCGGCUCAGGCUAUAAACAAAACAACUUUAUCAGACUUAAAUGAUUACUGUUCAAUAGGAAAUAAAAAAGCGUGUUGUAAUAAUUCCUGGGUUCGCUCCUUAACGCUUAAGAGAUUUUGAAGUUAUAGAUUACAUAUAUUCAUAUUAUUAAUAAAUUGCUUGAUUUAUGAAA